AUCAUCACCACCACCACCACCACUACCUCCUCCUCCAUGACAGUAGAAGAAUUCUCCAAUGAAGAAAGCUUCAAGUUCUUUGGUCUAGGCGGGUGUAACGAAGUAGGCCGUUCUUGCCACAUUAUUGAAUACAAAAAUAAAGUAAUCAUGCUUGAUGCCGGGAUUCACCCUGCCCUCACCGGACACUCAUCCUUCCCGUUCUACGACGAAUACGACUUGUCCAAAGUCGAUAUCCUCCUCAUAAGUCAUUUCCAUCUAGAUCACGCAGCAUCGUUACCAUAUGUGAUGCAACAGACCACAUUCAAGGGACGUGUGUUUAUGACCCAGGCCACUAAGGCCAUUUAUCGGUGGUUACUUCAGGAUUUUGUCAGGGUUACCUCGAUAGGAACAACUAAAAUGGAAGGUGGCGAAGGACAGUCUAGUAAUUUGUAUACCGCCGACGAUAUCAUGAAAUCAUUUGAUCGAAUAGAAACAAUUGAUUACCAUUCCACCAUGGAGAUCGAGGGGAUAAAGUUCACUGCAUACCAUGCCGGGCAUGUCCUUGGGGCAUGUAUGUACUUUAUUGAAAUUGGUGGAUUAAAAGUAUUGUUCACGGGUGAUUACUCUAGAGAAGAGAAUAGACAUUUGCAUGCUGCAGAAAUCCCUCCUGUCAAACCAGAUAUUUUGAUCUCCGAAAGUACUUUUGGUACCGGUACGCUUGAAUCUAAAGCUGACUUGGAAAAGAAAUUAACAAACCAUAUCCAUGCUACAUUGACCAAAGGGGGGAGAGUCCUAUUACCCGUCUUUGCCCUUGGUAACACCCAAGAACUCUUGUUGAUUCUUGAUGAAUAUUGGAACAACAACGAAGAUCUUCAGAAUAUAAACGUAUACUAUGCAUCCAGUUUAGCAAAAAAGUGUAUGGCAGUGUACGAAACAUACACGAGUAUAAUGAAUGACAAAAUCCGGCUUUCUGCCUCCUCGUCGGGCCACAAGUCCAACCCGUUCGACUUCAAAUACAUAAAGUCGAUUCGAGACUUGGGCAAAUUCCAAGACAUGGGCCCAUCAGUGGUUAUUGCCGCCCCAGGGAUGUUGCAAGCUGGUAUAUCCCGUCAGCUAUUGGAAAAGUGGGCGCCUGACCCCAAGAAUCUUGUUAUAUUAACUGGUUAUUCCGUGGAAGGUACCAUGGCCAAAGAGCUCUUGAAAGAGCCUCACACGAUCCAAUCAGUAAACAAUCCGGAAAUGACGAUCCCGAGACGUAUUGGUAUUGAAGAGAUCUCGUUUGCUGCUCAUGUCGAUUUCCAGCAGAAUUCGGAGUUUAUUGAAAAAGUGUCACCAUCCAAGAUUAUCUUGGUUCAUGGAGACUCUGUUCCUAUGGGUAGAUUAAAGUCGGCCUUGUUGAGUAAGUACUCUUCUAGAAAGGGAACUGAACAGGAAGUCAAGGUGUUCAAUCCCAAGAAUUGCGAAGAAGUCAAGAUUGGAUUCAAAGGGUUGAAGGUUGCUAAAGUAUUGGGGUCUUUGGCCGAAGAACAAUUGCUGAUGUUGAAGAAGGAAAUUGAAACCAAGAUAGAAACAGAAAAUGAAAAGAUUGUUGAGAUUAAAGAGGAGAUGGAAGUGGAUGCAAAUGAUGGUGACAAGAAUGAAGCCGGUGUAGAUACACUUCACACUGGACAAUUCUUAUCUGGUGUCCUCGUUUCCAAAGAUUUCGACUUGAAUCUUCUUCAAUUACAAGAUCUCCAUGAAUUCACUCAAUUGUCUACCUCGUUCGUCAAAUCCAAAAUGAACUUGCGAAUCCAUGCCGACAUUUCGUUGAUGAUAUACCAUUUAGAACAAAUGUUUGGAUACAUAAACAUCCUCAAUGACGACGAAGAAGAAUGGGAAUGUGUGAUCAUGGACGUCGUUGACAUAUUUGUGGACAAAACCAAGACUGGACCUGGUCUUCAAAUCAGUGUUGAGUGGAUCAAUGACAAUUUAAUGGCAGACUCCCUAGCAGACAGUGUCAUUGCCAUUUUAUACUCUAUCGACUCAUCGCCGGCCUCGGUCAAGCUCUCGAGCACAACCCACACCCAUGUUAAACAAGAAACGGAGUCCAAGUCUGCACAUGCGAAAUCAGAGAUUGCCGAUCGAAUCAAGAGAAUAUCCACGCUUUUACGGGCCCAGUUCGGUGAUUGUUUGCAGGAUUUAGACAAUGACAAAGCGACAAUCACAAUCGGCAAACACGUAGCCAAGAUAGAUUACUUGAAUUUGACUGUGGAAUGUCCUUCCAAAGUCAUAAAGGACCGUGUGGAGAGUGUCAUACGAAGAGGAUGUACUUUGACUGCUCCAUUAAGUCAGUUUCAGAAGGUGUAAUUUACAUAGUUUAAUAAAAGUCGUGUAAUGUACAAAA